UGUGUGCAGGUGCCGUUUGUUGUUCUAUGCGCGUCAACUUUUUUUUUACAACUGCUCCUCCAUGAAAGCUAGUUAAGAUUUAGUGAUUUUUCUGCGUUUGAUUUAACUAGCGAUUGAAUUGAAAUUUGCUCAGUGUGAUUCGGGAAAAGGUUUUCCGUUCAACGAAGAUUGUAUCGGUUCAGGUUGUGCGGCGAAAAGUUCGCGUUUUAGUUGAAUAUUAGCCCGAAGAAGAAAUUGCAAACGUGGUUGACACAUUCAACAGCAUCAUCACCAGCGUUCCUUCUGCGUCCGUCCAACACCUACACAUACCUACCAAGUACGUCUCUGCUGGGAAAAUAAGGUCGCAGAGUGAAGCACAAUCAGGAUAGUGAUGAGUUGUGAUUUAUAAACAUUGCAAUCGGGGGAACACGGAUGUAAACAAACGGAACCCGCCUAUCGCUAUUCCUGGUACAAAUGCUACUGCCACAGCAAUAACAUGUUCUUUCGCGGUGGCCUCAGCGUCCGGCGGAAUCUCUACUCGAAGCUGAUCCUGGUGCUGAUUUUAGCACUGUUUGUUUUGUUCUACUUCAAGAAUCUGAAUGGCAAUGGCAACGCGAACAGUAUUCCGAUUGCGAACGGGUUGGUGAGUACGCUGAACAGGGGAAAUUUGCUGGCCGUGGUUGGUACCGACGGUCAGGAUCAGCUUUUCGAACAGCUCGUGCAGGCUGACCUUGUCAAGCAAGAGAAAGGCCUCGGGGACAAUGGAAAGGGUGUCGAUCUUACGGGUGAGGCCAAGGAGAUUGGCGAGAAACAGCUGGCCACGAUUGCGUUGAAUGAGGAACUGAGCGAGCAUCUGAGCUACAAUCGGACUCCUCCGGACGAGCGACAUCCGGCUUGCAAGCGGAAGGUUUACGAUAUCGGGAACCUCCCGUCUACGAGUGUGAUCAUCAUCUUCUUCAAUGAACCCUACUCGGUGCUGGUCCGAACCGUACACAGCGUUCUGAAUACGGCCGAUGCCCGGCUGCUGAAGGAAAUUAUUCUGGUGGAUGACGGGAGCACCAACGAGGAGCUGAAGGGAAAGCUCGAUUACUACGUACGGACGCGGCUAUCUUCGAAGGUGAAGGUCUUGCGGCAGCGAAACAGAGUGGGUCUGAUACGCGCACGGCUGGCCGGAGCACGAUUCGCCAAAGCGGACGUCCUGGUGUUCCUGGACGCACACUGUGAAUGCAUGCCCCAGUGGCUGGAACCGCUGUUGGAGCGCAUCAAAGAGUCGAGCACGAGCGUCCUGGUGCCGAUCAUCGAUGUGAUCGAGGCGAAGAACUUCUACUACAGUACGAAUGGGGUCACUGAUUUUCAGAUCGGUGGCUUCACCUGGGACGGGCACUUCGAUUGGCAUGAUGUGACCCAGCGGGAGAAGGAUCGCCAGAAGCGGGAUUGUCCCGAAAAGGAUCUCGCCAUCUGUCCCACCUACAGCCCGACCAUGGCCGGUGGACUGUUUGCCAUAUCGAGGGACUACUUCUGGGAGAUUGGCAGCUACGACGAGCAGAUGGACGGCUGGGGUGGAGAAAACCUGGAGAUGUCCUUCCGCGUGUGGCAGUGUGGGGGAACGCUGGAAACGAUUCCCUGCUCCCGGAUAGGGCACAUUUUCCGGGAUUUUCAUCCGUACUCAUUUCCUAAUGAUCGGGAUACUCAUGGGAUCAACACUGUCCGGAUGGCCACAGUCUGGAUGGAUGACUACAUUGACCUGCUGUACCUCAAUAGGCCGGACUUGAGGGACCAUCCCGAGGUUGGAGAUGUAACCCACCGAAGGGUGCUUCGUGAGAAGCUCCGCUGCAAAAGCUUCGAUUGGUACAUGAAGAACGUGUACCCGGAGAAGUUCAUUCCAACCCGGAACGUCCGGGCCUACGGCAGAGUGUCGUCGCUGGCGGAAAACCUCUGCCUGGACACGCUGCAGCAGAAUGCAGACAAACCCUGGAACUUGGGUAUCUAUACGUGCUUCCGCACGGAAGUGUCCGCUUCGCAGCUGAUGUCACUGACGAAACGGGGCGUCCUGCGGACGGAACGUAGCUGCGCCACGGUUCAGGACAACAAUGCCGAGACCAGGUAUGUGGUUAUGAUUCCCUGCAUAGACGAUGAAGACAUUGACGACACCUGGCGGUUAACGGAGCAUCAACAGUUGAUGCAUGUCCCGUCGGGAUUGUGCUUGGACAGCAGCGAUCUGUCCACCAAGAGCUACGUGCACGUGGCGCCUUGUCUUCCGCGGGUUCGCACGCAAAAGUGGGAAUUCCAACACUAGCGUCCCCAUGUAGUAGACGACGAACUGAAGUAGUCCACCAGAGAGGAGCAACGGGAGAAAUGAAUAGAGGUCUGUAUAUUUUUGCUAUUUAUUGAAUGGGACAAAGAUUACCUCGUCUACAGCGUAAGUCUGUAGGCAAUUCUUCUAGGAGAUGAGAUGUUUUAUGUAGAAGCGACGGAAGCAGGAGAGAUAGUUUCCUUGAUAGGAGUGAACUUUAUAUAUGACGCAAUAUAUUAACACUGUGUAAAAUAAACCCGAAUAACUUAGCUAGGCAUUAGUUAGCGAAAGACUACUGUGGAAGCGUGAGGUGUAUCAUUUCACACCUCUAAAUCUCGACUAAGAGAGGAGAGAAACAAACAUGAGAAAACGGCGUACUCACCUCACACGACUCAGCCCGGCGUCUGUCGGCCGGGUACGUGGUGCGGAAAACGAGCCAU